GCAUUGAGUGCGUAAGCGGCAACGUCAAUCGUUAACUCGAUGUAACUUAGAUCGGUUGUGUUCCUACAGGGCUCAUUGUAGUUCGCAACGAAAGCCCUUAACAGUGCCUAUUCAAAUGUAGUCCCUUUGGUGUUGUUACCUCAAAAGUCACCUUCAGAACUUCGAGAGGAUAAUCGAUGAAAACAUCUGUAGCAGUCUACUAGAUUUUUGCCUCAUCUUCGCCCACCGUUGCGAACAGUUCCAUCCCGAUGGGUUGAGUACGCCGACACUACGUGUUUGUGGUCACACCACUGACUUCGGUUAAAGGUAUAAGAAAGAAAAUCUGAAUAGACGUGAUAUAAAACAGCGGAGGGUAUCCAAUGCUGUCUCCGCAACCAGCAGUCGGAGCAACGUCAGGGGCACCGUGAACACUGGCGGUCGACGCACCACUUUGAUGAUCGCUACCCCAUUAGAGAAAAUCACCUACACGCUCUGUCACUUCAUUGUUAUUAAAUUCCUUAAUAUUUUCUUUAUUUUAUAAAUCUAUAUUAUACAUUUAUCUCAAGAAAUGAGUAAGAUGCUGAAAGUAGUAGGCGCCUCGUGGCUGCAGACUAAAAUAAGUUCAUACGUGCUGGGAUUUCUCGGCGUUCUGGCUAUAAUAGCGCUAUUCGCUGGACAGAUCGAGAGGAGUCAAGAAGACGGUAACUAUGCGGCGACAGUGUUCUACUCCGAGAAGACUGGGUACCGCAUCGAAUUCUGGGGCCAAAGCAAUAAACUGGCAGAUCUACCCAGAGGGGUCGCCCGCGCUUACUUCAGAUUGGAUAUGAAAACAACAGGAUGGUCACUUCUAGAAGUUGAAACUGACGGUACAUACAGAGAUGACAUUCAGGCAUACGCGGCGGGCAUCGUAGAGGGGGCCUUAACAUCCCAUCUCAUACAUUCACAUCUCGACAACACGGUGCGCGCGGUGUGCAGCCAGCAUGACCGCCAAUGCGACAGAGUUAAAGACGAGCUGGAUAAAUCUGUCAACAUCUGGAAGAGCUACGCAGCUGAAAGAGAAGCUACAGACCCCUUCUGGCACCAUGUUUCAUUGUACUACACACAAAUCAGCGGGAUGUACACUGGCUGGAAACAUGGCACAGAACGCAGCACCAACACAAAGUCCGACACAGACAUAUCGGAACUCUUUUGGCUGAACUCUAUGGCCGAUGUGGUAGAGCUCCAGCGUAAGAUGAACAUAACCAUAGACAACAACCCAGUGAACAAACUGCCGGGAGUCUCCAGCGCAUUCCUAAGGGUCGUCAACGAAACUUUAGAGAAUGGAACAACUACGAAGAGAAUUUAUCUUGCGCAUAAUGCAGCUGGGAGUUAUUCCUCAAUGACGCGUAUAUUAAAGAAGUACAAGUUGAGCUAUCACAAGACAUCAACAGAUGAGGUGGCAGUCCCCGGGCUGUCGGUAGAAUUCUCCGGGUACCCGGGCUCCGUCACCAGCCAGGAUGAGUUCUACAUCAUCAGGGGAGAUAACCACAGGAUGGCGGUUUCGGGAACCACGCUCAGGAAUUAUAAUAAGAAACUCUGGAAGAGCGUUAACAUCACGGAGCAGUUGCCGGUCGGUCCCCGUGUGACGGCGGCGAACAAGUUGUCAGCGAACGUGAGCUCGUGGGGCCGCACACUCGCCGCACACAACUCCGGCACCGCCGCCAAGCAGUGGCUGGUCGUCGACUUCGCGCACUUCCAUCGCGUGCAGCAAGGGAAGGUGAAAGACAAGAAGGAAAUCGUCACUGAGAUUACUGUUAACAAGGACGUAAAGCACACGAUCAUCCACCGGUGGGGCGGGGGCCGGGGGCGGGGCGCAGCAUGGCUGCUGGAGCAGGUGCCGGGCCGCACGCAGUCCGCAGACCUCACCGCCGCGCUACUGGACAACCAUUACUGGGCUACGUACGGACUCCCUUUCUUCAAGGACGUAGCAGAAUUAACACACGUAACCAAAAUGGAAGCUAUCUACAGCAAAAUGUUCUCAGAAUCUGAAUCGCCUCGUUCAGUGACAUUCAAACAGGGCUACAAGAACGCCACGUCAAUAGAUAGUAUCAUACAACUGAUGCGCAUGAACAACAUCACCGCGCUCAAUGACAAUCAAACCAAACUUCCAGAAUGUUCCGACGAAUUAAAUUGCAUACUAGAGGAAGCCGAUCUCUGGUCUGCACUCGGAGCUAGAGGAGACAUUGUGAGACGACAUCAAGAAGCAUACGGAGUUAUUGAUACGAAAAUCGUUAGUGGUACAACGGACGGCGACAGCUUAGAUCUUGUCGCGAUAUCAAGUCCGCCAUUCACGGAGCCACCAAAACUAAACCUAACAGAGAUAAAGAUGAACAAAGGAAACGUUGCUUCCAUAUAUACCGACGCGUUUGACGACGAACCAACUAUUGAUGGUCUUCAAAUACGGGACCUCGUCAAACAAAAAGCUGAAGAGGAAUUAGAAAUGCUCAACAAGGACACUUUACAACCCUUCCAAUGGUCAGAGAGCUCAUUCAAUGAUAUCACGCACGAAGGUCUGCCCGACAAAUGGGCUUUUGGCACCUUCAAACCGCAAUGGUCCUGGUGAAUCUCAAAAUCGCUAAUAAUUCAGACAAACAUAAUGUACUUACCAAUUGUACUUAAUAACGAACCUUUUUUUUGUUAAUUUUUUUUACAAACAUUAGGGCAUUAUGAUCUUUAGAAAUCCCAGCAAAUAAUUGGCGUUAUUGUCCUUACCAACAACUUAUGUUAUGAACUACUUUCAGCCAUGUUUUAAUUUAAUUAUCUUACUAUUUCAAAAUCUCUACUUAAAUUCAACCUAACAUUUUUGUGUCAUUUUUUACAACUUUAUAAGCAAAAAUGAAUUUUAUAUGUUUAUCACUUUCAUAUGCAUUA